CAGUGGGCCGCGCAUCGCACGGUCCUGCGCGAAUCGUUCCCCGAAGGCUGGCAGCCGCCGCGCAAGCUGUCGCGCGAGGCGAUGGACGCGCUCCGGCAGUUCCACAGGAUCGACCCCGCGACGUUCACGACGCCCGUGCUCGCGGAGCGCUUCAGGAUCAGCCCGGAGGCCGUCAGGCGGAUCCUCAGGAGCAAGUGGGAGCCGUCGCGCGAGAGA